CAUCGGGGAGUGGGCGCGACCAUACGGGCGGGGGCGGUGCUUGUGGGUGGAGCGGGACGAGGCGGGGACUGUGCGCGAGAAUAUGCGAGAUGACUGGGCCAGGAGGGAAAGGGGCGGGGCUCAGGAAGGAGAAAGAGGGAAGAGGCAGGGCAGCAUCCGUCCUAGACGCAGUUCAGACAUUUUAGGGUAAUAUUACAGUUGGGGUAAUAGAUUUGAGGCUAAGGUCACACCGGCUCUUAAUGGCAGACCUUAGCUCAUUCUGAUGAGGUUAGAGUCAAAGGAUACAUAUUUUAAUCUCCAUCCUCUCCCCUCCCCCCCCCGUUUUUUUUCUGGAUUGAGGGUUGAAGAGGAGCAUUAUUUAUUAUUUGUAUGUGUUUGGUUAGCUGACUAGACGAAAACUGCCGUUAAAUCUCUAGUUCUUAAGGCUGCAACAGCCUUGCUUAGUAUUUCAAGCGUUUACGGGUCAAAGUCAUGUGCAGUUCCCUGGUGACUGUACCCCUUGUAGUUCAGGUUAUAAAGUCUGAUACACAAUUUGGGUGGACAAAGUUUCUUAAGAUGAUACAGAUGUGAUGACUAGUUGUUGUAUGCUUCCUGUUGCUUCAAAAUCUUGUUCCCUUCAUUUAUGUUUCUUCCAUAGAUGAUUGUUCCUCUCCUGUCUUUGUUUUUUGACCAUAGCCUAUAUUUUCAUGAAUGCACCAAGAUUUUAUUUUAUGCCUACCAUUUAGAGGUUAUUUGGUGAAGGACUUAAGUUUUUGACAGGUUUUCUGCCAGCAUAUAGUCCAUAAUCUUGUGGCAUUUUCAGUGGUGAACAUAAAUCAAGUUUGAAUGUGAAACAGUUAAAUGACAAUUAACAUUUCAAAAAUGAUACUGUUUUAAAUUAUCUGUCUAAAUUCAACUUUUCUAAAUAUUAGGUCUUUUUCUUAAAGCUAUUCUAUUUAACAUAGGUAAGUAGGGUGAUUCAUAAUCUGAGAUAGGGGAAGACUGAUCGAGUGAAGAAAAGUAGCAGCCUUGGUUCUAAUUCUAGGAGGGCUUGAGGUGCUGAGGCUCAUGACUUGCCAGUCUCCACCUUGUCUUUGAAGAUGGUAAAACAGUUCACCCAUAACUCUAAACAGAUGAUUCUAUGAAGGGUGGAUGGCAAGAACCUUGCUGUCAUUCAGAAGUAAGGUUUAAGUUAUUUUGCAUACAUCAAGUUUUGAGAUUAGAGAUAAUAUCAUUUUCUAACAUAGGUUGCGGAAAUCGAUAGGAGUAAAAAGAGACCACUGGAGAGUGAUGGACCUGUUAAAAAGAAAGCAAAGAAAGUCCAAGAAAAGGAAGAAGGAAGUGAUUCAGUAAUGUCUGGGAACGCUGGACAAGACACUCAGUCAUUGUGGAUCAUCACAUAGCAGUUGUGAAAACUUACAGAAGACUUCUGAUUCUAAACCAUCUAACAAACGGACCAAAAGCAUCUACACCCCCUUAGAAUUACAAUACAUAGAAAUGAAGCAGCAGCAGAAAGAUGCAAUUUUGUGUGUGGAAUGUGGAUAUAAGUAUAGAUUCUUUGGGGAAGAUGCAGAGAUUGCAGCCCGGGAGCUCAAUAUCUAUUGCCAUUUAGAUCACAACUUUAUGACAGCAAGCAUACCUGCUCACCGGCUGUUUGUUCACGUACGCCGCCUUGUGGCCAAGGGAUAUAAGGUGGGAGUUGUGAAACAAACUGAAACAGCUGCGUUAAAAGCCAUUGGGGACAACAAAAGUUCACUCUUUUCCCGGAAAUUGACUGCUCUUUAUACAAAAUCUACACUUAUUGGAGAAGAUGUGAAUCCUUUAGUCAAGCUGGAUGAUGCUGUUAAUGUCGAUGAGAUAAUGACUGAUACUUCUACCAGCUAUCUUCUGUGUAUCUGUGAAAAUAAGGAAAAUGUUAAAGACAAAAAAAAGGGGAACGUUUUCAUUGGACUUGUGGGGGUGCAGCCCGCCACAGGUGAGGUUGUGUUCGACAGUUUCCAGGACUCUGCUUCCCGUUCAGAGCUAGAAACUCGGAUAUUAUGCCUGCAGCCAGUGGAGCUUCUGCUUCCAUCAGACUUGUCAGAGCAAACAGAGAUGCUCAUCCACAGGACCACAGCUGUUAGCGUGCGGGAUGACAGAAUUCGAGUAGAAAGGAUGGAUAACAUGUAUUUUGAAUACAGCCACGCUUUCCAAGAGGUUACAGAAUUUUAUGCAAAAGACAUAGUUGACGGUUCUCAAAGUUUUUCUGGCAUCAUUAACUUGGAAAAGCCUGUGAUUUGCUCUUUGGCUGCCAUAAUAAGAUAUUUGAAAGAGUUUAACUUGGAAAAGGUGCUUUCCAAACCCAAGAAUUUUAAACAGUUGUCAGGUGAAAUGGAAUUUAUGACAAUUAAUGGAACAACAUUAAGGAACCUGGAAAUCCUUCAGAAUCAGACUGAUAUGAAAACCAAAGGAAGUUUAUUUUGGGUUUUAGACCAUACUAAAACUUCAUUUGGGAGACGGAAGUUAAAGAAGUGGGUGACCCAGCCACUUCUUAAACUAAGGGAGAUAAAUGCUCGACUUGAUGCUGUAUCUGAAGUUCUCCAUUCAGAAUCCAGUGUGUUUGGCCAGAUAGAAAAUCAUCUACGUAAAUUGCCUGACAUCGAAAGAGGACUCUGUAGCAUUUAUCACAAAAAAGAAAAAUAUUUCUAUUUUCAGUGUUCUACGCAAGAGUUCUUCCUGAUUGUCAAAACCCUGUAUCACCUGAAGUCAGAAUUUCAAGCACUAAUACCUGCUGUUAAUUCCCAUGUUCAGUCAGAGUUGCUCCAGACAUUUAUUUCAGAAAUUCCUGAACUCCUCAGUCCAGUGGAGCAUUACUUAAAGAUUCUCAAUGAACAAGCUGCCAAGAUUGGGGAUAAAACCGAAUUAUUCAAAGACCUUUCUCACUUCCCUUUAAUAAAAAAGAGGAAGGACGAAAUUCAGGAAGUUACUGACAAGAUCCAAACACAUUUGCAAGAAAUACGAAAAAUACUAAAAAAUCCUUCUGCACAAUAUGUGACAGUAUCAGGACAGGAGUUUAUGAUUGAGGUAAAGAAUUCUGCUGUAUCUUGUAUACCAACUGAUUGGGUUAAGGUUGGAAGCACAAAAGCUGUGAGCCGCUUUCACUCUCCUUUUAUUGUAGAAAAUUACAGACAUCUGAAUCAGCUCCGGGAGCAGCUAGUCCUUGACUGCAGUGCUGAAUGGCUUGAUUUUCUAGAGAACUUCAGUGAACAUUAUCACUCCUUGUGUAAAGCAGUACAUCACCUAGCAACUGUUGACUGCAUUUUCUCCCUGGCCAAGGUCGCUAAGCAAGGAGAUUACUGCAGACCAACUCUACAAGAAGAAAGGAAAAUCAUAAUAAAAAAUGGCCGGCACCCUGUGAUUGACGUGCUGCUGGGAGAACAGGACCAGUAUGUUCCCAAUAGUACAAAUUUGUUGGGGGACUCAGAGAGAGUAAUGAUAAUUACUGGACCAAACAUGGGUGGAAAGAGCUCCUACAUAAAGCAAGUUGCAUUGAUUACUAUCAUGGCUCAGAUUGGCUCCUAUGUUCCGGCAGAGGAAGCAACAAUUGGAAUUGUGGAUGGCAUUUUCACAAGGAUGGGGGCUGCAGAUAACAUAUAUAAAGGACAGAGUACAUUUAUGGAAGAACUGGCUGACACAGCAGAAAUAAUAACAAAAGCAACAUCACAGUCUUUGGUUAUCUUGGAUGAAUUGGGAAGAGGGACAAGCACCCAUGAUGGAAUCGCCAUUGCUUAUGCUACACUUGAGCAUUUUAUUAGAGAUGUGAAAUCCUUAACCCUCUUUGUUACCCAUUAUCCACCAGUCUGUGAAUUAGAAAAAAGUUACUCACAACAGGUGGGGAAUUAUCACAUGGGAUUCUUGGUCAACGAGGAUGAAAGCAAACAGGACCCAGGUGAAGAAGACCAGGUUCCUGAUUUUGUCACUUUUCUUUAUCAAAUAACCAGAGGAGUUGCAGCAAGGAGUUAUGGACUCAAUGUGGCUAAACUAGCAGAUGUUCCUGGAGAAAUUUUAAAGAAAGCAGCUAGCAAAUCAAAAGAGCUGGAAGGAUUAGUAAAUAUGAAAAGGAAAAGGCUAAAGUGUUUUGCGAAGUUAUGGACGAUAAAUGAUGCAAAUGAUUUGCAAAACUGGAUGGAUGAGUUCAAACUGGAAGAAAUUACAGACUUCUCUUCCUGAUGAAAAUGAAGACUACGUUUUGGAACCAAAAAAUAGAGAAUUAAAAAUACCAACUGUAUAAAACAACUCUCUAGUAACAGCCCAUCUUUGUGUGACCUGAGCAUAAAACCUGACCGUGGUAUAUUCCUGUUAGAAACAGGGAGGCCUUUUGUGUAGAAAGUCUGUUUCAGGUUCCUGCCAUCCUUUUAAAAGUAUAAACACUUUUGAAUAUUAAGAUUUCUAUCAUGUCAUUAGAAAAUCUCAUGGAUGGUAAGAUUCAAAUAAAAUCAGAAACUUCUAAGGAAAACCUGGAGUGGUAGAAUAUAUAGUUCAUGAACUUUUAGAGUGAUAUAAAAAUUUAAUGCAUAAUUUUAUUUGUUUCAGUUCAGAUAAUUUGCAACUGGUUGAAAUGUCUUGCAGGAAUAUACAUUUUCAUUCGAACUAAAAUAAUUUUAUAAUGCCGCCAGUUUAUUCACUGUAAGCAUAAGAAUUUUUGAAGAGAAAUAGAAGGAAUUAUCAGGCUUUUAGAAACUAGAGCACGGAAAGAGUAAGGUCAUAUGAAAUUUGAAAAGCUAAAUAUUGUCAUAGUUUUAAGCAAUUUGAAGAUUGUUGGAUUAAAUUAUUUGUCAUUCAAGGAAUAAACAUUUGAUGAAUACUUG